UUUUUUAAUCUAACACCCAAACAACCCUUCGAGUUGUGCUGCGGCUUUAGGGUCAACCUAUUUCUUGUCCGUCUUUCCUGCUCUGGUCCUCGUCUGUGUUUCUACCGUUCCCUCCUCCCCUUCCCUCCCAUCCCCAGCUUGACUUUCUUCUUAUGUACUCUUCCUCCCCCUCUGCUCUGCUCCGGUAUGGACGCUGUCCAUCCCGUGCUGACCUCCUUGCCCUUCUUUCCAUUUUGUUGCACAUCUGUUUGAUGUUUGAUUCUGUCUGCCGCGCCACGGCUCUUGAUGUCUUAUUCUUUACUUUCUUGUUUUUCGUUGGGGGUCUGGUCUCGUCUUCAUCACUCUUCAUCUCACCGACUACACUCUCCCUUUUGCUGACACUUUAAUAACCCUAAAUUCCAGGAGCCUGUGACCCUUGACCUAAUGGAUGCUGAGCUGGAGAAUGACGUUAAACUUGAGAUCAGGAGAAUGAUGAUAGACGGCGAGAUAGGAGAGCAGACCAUUGAGACCUUAGUGAAGACUCAGGAUGAGCGGUACAUAGACAGAGGUGUACGGACCUACACCUGGGGACCGGUAAACGGAACAGAUUACAGCCUUGCCCUUGUCCUGCCUAAAUACAGUGAACACUUUAUUCAAGCCAAGCUGGGGAACAACAUAGAGGAAGCCAAAUCUGUGGGAACAAUGCAACUGGACACGUUUGAAGAGUAUGGACACACCUUCAUUGCUCCCAGGGAGUACUGCAAAGAGCUGAAAGUUUCGGACAACAACACACACUUCCUCAUCGACUUCAAUGAGUUCAUUGAAAGUGACGCUCCCAAAGCCUGCAACGUGUCCUUGGUGAACAGGCUCAUCCUGGACGCGGGACUCACAGCAGAGCUGGUCAAGGUGUGGAAGGAGCAGACACUCGAAGGGAUCAUGGCCCGGUUUGUAGCCACAGACGGGGGGAUCACCAGAGUCUAUCCUAACAGUGCUGGAGAAGACUGGAAUGAGAAUCCUGAAACAUACGAGUCCAGCUUUUACAAGAGAACCCUGGACAAUGAGAUAUACAUUUUCACUGCACCGUAUUUCAAUAGGAGCAGAGAGUCUGGCUACGAGUCAGGCAUUCUGGUCAGCAAGGCAGUGGAUCUCACCCUUCAUCAGGUUGAGCUCAAACCCGCAGUGGUGGGAGUCAAACUGAAUGUUACAUCCUGGAUGAACACUUUCAUCAGUGCUACGUUAAAAGUCAACUGUAAGGAUGAAAUCUGUGGCUGUCUGAAGAAUGAUAAGCAUGUGGACUGUGUGAUCCUGGACGACGGAGGCUUCCUCCUCAUGUCCAACCAGGAAGAGUACAUCACGCAGAUAGGUCAGUUCUUUGGGGAAAUUGACCCCGUGCUGAUGAUCAACCUCGUGAACACAUCGCUCUACUCCUUCAACAAGACGUACGACUACCAGUCUGUCUGUGACCCGGAGAAGGACAGCAAGACAGCAGCAGGCCUACGAAGCGUCUACGUGCCGACUGUUGCUGACCUGCUCCGUGUCAGCUGGUGGGCCUCCACUGCUGCUUGGUCCAUUCUGCAGCAGCUGCUCUACAGCCUCACGCUGCCUAACCUGCUGGACGCCGUGGAGUCGGCAGAGGACGAGGUCCCUGACGCCAUGUUCAAGGAGAGCUGCAUCACCGAGCAGACGCAGUACUUCUUCGAUAACGACGAGAGAUCCUACGCAGGGCUGCUGGACUGCGGGAACUGCUCCAGGAUGUACCGCGCCGAGAAGCUUCCCAACACCAACCUGGUGUUCCUGAUCACCGACGCCAAGGCCACGUGUUUGUCAUGUGACCCCCGGCCGCUACGGCAAGCCGAGCAGCCCUCCGAGGGCCCUGAUCUGUGCGAGCUGGCCCGGAACCCCAGGUACAGGAAGGGGCCCGACGUGUGCUUCGACAACGAUGAAAACGUGAGUAAUGGCUGGUCGCGCGUCAGUGUUUUUGUAGAGGCAGGGCUGCAGGAAUGUGUGCACGGGGGUCCCACACCUCACUCCCUCAGCACCUCUAAAACGAGGAAGGCGAGAAAGACCCGGCCAUCCAUCAUUCACAUGUUUCCUUUGCCCAUGUCUCGUGUUUUGUUAUGACUUUAUUUCACAUUAACUAUUUGUUUUGGUGUCUUUGAGUUUGCUUAAUCAUUCUUUAUUUGUUCCACUUCAUCGGGCUCACAUUCCAUUGGCCUCUGCCCUCGUCCAUCACACUAGGAUGAGCCCUUGUGCCCAAUCAGCCGAGGCCGUGGCCUAAGGGUCUCCCCCCUGCUGCUGUGGCUGGCAGCCUGGCACUGUGCUCGGGGUCAGUGCACCCACUCCCACCUCCACCACCACUGGGGUGCAGAUACCAACCAGCAAGCAUAG